AUGGCAUUCAACGGCUAUUUUCUUCCUCUUCUUCUUCAGGGCAUGCUUGCUCUUCUUCUUGUUACCUCAUUCUUCACAGAUGCAGUUGCAGUUUCUCCUAUUCUUGACGUUGGUUCUCUGAAAAGGAGCAGUUUCCCUCCGGGCUUUGUCUUUGGGGCGGGAUCCUCAGCCUACCAGUUUGAAGGUGCAGCAAGGGAAGGUGGUAGAGGAUUGAGUAUAUGGGACACCUACGCCCAUAAACAUCCAGAAAGGAUAAAGGAUGGAAGCAAUGGAGACGUCGCCGUCGACCAAUAUCACCGCUACAAGGAAGAUGUUAAGAUGAUGAAGGACAUGAAUAUGGAUUCGUACAGAUUCUCCAUCUCUUGGUCUAGAAUACUCCCAAACGGAAAGCGAAAGGGAGAUGGAGAUAUAAAUGAAAAAGGAGUCGAAUAUUACAACAACCUCAUCAACGAGCUAUUGGCUAAUGGUAUGCAACCAUUUGUGACUCUUUUCCACUGGGAUCUUCCCCAAGCCUUGGAAGAUGAGUAUGGUGGUUUCUUAAGCUCUCGCAUAGUACAGGAUUUUCAAGAUUAUGCGGAUCUUUGCUUCGACCGAUUUGGAGAUAGGGUGAAACUUUGGGUUACUUUGAACGAGCCAUGGUUGUAUAGUAAUGGUGGCUAUGCUCAGGGAACGACAGCACCAGGUCGAUGUACUGGACCAAGUUGCCUUGGUGGUAAUUCUGGGACAGAGCCAUAUAUUGUUUCACACAAUCAAAUUCUUGCUCAUGCUGCAGCUGUUACAGUGUACAAGAUUAAGUAUCAGGCAAGUCAGAAGGGCGAGAUAGGCAUAACGUUGGUAAGUAACUGGUACAUUCCCCUCAAAGAAAAUGACACAAACCAUAUAAGGGCUGCCAGACGAUCGCUUGACUUCCAAUAUGGAUGGUUUAUGGAACCACUAACAAAAGGAGACUAUCCUAAAGAGAUGCGAGCCCUGGUGGGACGUCGAUUGCCUACGUUCUCUACAGAGCAAGCCGCUUUAGUAAAGGGUUCAUUUGAUUUUAUUGGCCUAAACUAUUACUCCUCCAAUUAUGUUUUUGAUGUACCACCAAGCAAUGGCCUACCCAGUUACCUAACAGAUUCUCUGGCCAAUUCUUCAUUUGAGCGCAAUGGGAUACCCCUUGGUCUAAAGGCGCCUGGUUCAGUUUGGAUAUACUUUUAUCCAAAGGGACUUCGUGAUCUUUUGUUAUACACCAAGAUUAAAUACAACAACCCUGUGGUUUACAUCAACGAAAAUGGUAUGAACGAGUUCAAUGAUCCUACGCUAACACUCGAGGAAUCCCUUUUGGAUACUUACAGAAUUGAUUACUAUUAUCGCCAUUUCUUUUAUCUUCGAUGGGCAAUUGAGGACGGCGCAAAAGUGAAGGGAUAUUUUGCAUGGUCAUUUUUGGACUGCUAUGAAUGGUUUAAUGGCUUCACCUCUCGAUUUGGAUUGAACUUUGUUGAUUACAAAGACGGUUUGAAAAGGUACCCAAAGGUUUCAGCCCAAUGGUAUGCGAACUUUCUAAAAAGAAACUCCACUGUUUAAUUGAAGCUGGUGCACUUCCAACCGCAGCACUUGAAAAAGGUU